CUGUUCCUCGGUCCAGCACUGUCCGCAGUCUCUGGUCAUCCCCUGUACUGUCUGCAGUCUCUGGUCAUCCCCUGUACUGUCUGCAGUCUCUGGUCAUCCCCUGUACUGUCUGCAGUCUCUGGUCAUCCCCUGUACUGUCUGCAGUCUCUGGUCAUCCCCUGUACUGUCUGCAGUCUCUGGUCAUCCCUGUACUGUCUGCAGUCUCUGGUCAUCCCCUGUACUGUCUGCAGUCUCUCCCCUGGUCAUCCCCUGUACUGUCUGCAGUCUCUGGUCAUCCCCUGUACUGUCUGCAGUCUCUGGUCA